AUGGCUUCGCGGCGGCCGCGGGGUCUCGUAGCUACCCUUCUGGUCGCAUUGUUCGGCGGGUGCUGGAUCAGCCAGUCUUUCGUGGCAGGCCGCCCGCCUGCGCCGAGAGCGCGGUCCGUGGCACGCUGCGCCGAGGAAGAGGCAUCCGGAGUAGCCCUCGAGGACCCACCCAGCGACGCUGAGAUCUCAGAAGAGACCAGCUUGGACCCUCGUCCUCUCCGCAAGUUCAAGCCAAAGCGUGAGCGUCGUGGCACCUUGUGCUAUGCACGCAGGGAGCUGAACGAGGAGGCAGAGAGGCUGCGCCCAUACAUUGAGCCCCUCCUCUAUGACAAGCACCUGUCCCUCAAGGAGAUCACCUUUGCAGGGAUGCCCAGAAUGAGUUCCGAGUUGUGUCCGAAGUGCUUCCGUUGGGGGAUGCAGAUGUUGCGUCCACUGCUCCUGGGUUUUGUUCGGCUGGCAGUGCUUGACGCACUUCGCACUUCAGAGCUUUCUGGGAGCCUCCCCACGAAGGAGCAGGUUUCUGAAAUUGCCGACUCCGCCGAGCGCUGUGUGAUCCCUAUUGAAGGCGAUACGGGCCUGGGGCUCGUCUGUAAGAACGACCUGGCGGCCUCCUCUUCCUUGCCUUUUGGUGUGCAGUGCGUCAUGUGCGGCCAACUCUACGGAAGCGAGAUCGACCCCAUGGAGUCCUGUGUGGUUCAAACGCAGCCCUACAAAUGGAUGCGCUGGGAGUACUCGGAGAUAAAGAUCAAAGUGUCAAAGCGAAAGGCAAAUCGUGUCUGCAGAGGACUUCUCUACAAAGUUCCUGGAUAUCGUUUAGCUUCUCUCUCCUGCAACUCCGAGCUGAGCAAGAUGUACCCGGAGGCUUCUUGCUGGGCCGUCCUUCCGCAGCUUGGUGGCUCGCCGGCAAGGACCUGUCUCACGCACAUCCUCAAUGCAGAGGUGCUGAAUCGCAAGGGCAAGGAGCUGCGGCACUUGCUCUACAAGCCGCGUGUUGGCCUGCCAGUUUUCACCGAGCACAAGGUUCGUCGGUUGAUGCGCCGAGCCAAGAAUUCUGAAGGCGUGCGCAUCAACCGAUUCGUGCGCCCCCAGCACCUGCCGCCGAACGCCCCCGGAGCACCUUAUGCCAAGCCGAUGAAGGACGUCUACGCCGAAGUGCCGUCCCGAACUCAAAGUUUCAGAAGUGUGGCCCCAGCUCCUUCACGAUAA